GCCUGCGUGGAACCGCCAGGAAUUUCUGGGAAUACUGUGGAUUUCUGCCGUGAGCCUGGAGAGCCCUCGCGUGGCACUUUUUUUCAGAAUGCCCUCUGUGUCUCUGUCUCUGCCCUCCGCUCUGGCAGGGAGGGCCAGGACAUGGGUUUGCCUCUCCUGCAUGUUUUGGCCCGACGAGCUGGAGGGCGUCCACACACACACCUUCAAGCUGAAGCCAUUCAAGAAGGCCAAGAGCUGUGAUAUAUGCAAGCAGGCCAUCACCAAGGAGGGCCUCAUCUGCAAAGCGUGCCGGUUGUCCUGCCAUAAAAAGUGUGAAGUAAAGGUCACCACUUCAUGUCAAACAACGACCAGCUAUGAGGUGCCUCCCACUCCUCAGCUGCCAUUAAAGCAUGUAGAUACACCGGGAUCUACGAGGUCCUGCAAGAGUGUGGAGAUAAGGCGAAAGCAGUCACGGAGUCAGAGUGUGGUUCAGGCCAUGGAGGAGAGCUAUGAGGUGGACCUGGUCUACAUCACAGAGAGGAUCAUCUCUGUCUCUUUCCCCGCCGGCGCCGAGGAGCACAGCUACACCACCCACCUCAAGGAGGUGGCGACGAUGCUGAGGUCCAAACAUGGCGAACACUACCUGGUGCUCAACCUGAGCGAGCGGAGGACUGACCUAUCAAAGUUAAACCACAAGGUUCUGGAGUUUGGCUGGCCAGACCACCAUGCACCAGCUCUGGACAAAAUCUGCAGCAUGUGCAAGGCCAUCGACACGUGGCUGAAUGGAGACCCACGCAAUGUGGUUGUACUACACAACAAGGGGAACCGAGGUCGAACAGGGGUGGUGGUGGCUGCGUACAUGCACUACAGCAACAUAUCUGCGAGUGCUGACCAGGCGCUGGACAGGUUUGCCAUGAGGCGCUUCUACGAGGACAAAGCACUUCCUGUGGGUCAACCAUCACAGAGAAGGUAUGUGCGUUACUUCAAUGGCCUUCUGUCCGGACACAUAAAAAUCAACAACAAGCCUCUGUUCCUGCAUCAUGUCAUCAUGCACGGCAUACCCAACUUUGAGUCCAAAGGAGGCUGCCGUCCUUUCCUGAAGAUCUACCAGGCAAUGCAACCAGUCUAUACGUCAGGAAUAUACAAUGUGCAAGGAGACAGCAACACCAGUAUCUGCAUCACUAUCGAACCAGGCCUGCUUCUGAAGGGAGACAUCUUGCUGAAGUGUUACCACAAGAGGUACAGAAACCCGACCAGAGACGUGGUGUUCAGGGUGCAGUUCCACACUUGUGCCAUCCAUGACCUUGGGGUGGUUUUUGGGAAGAACGAGCUGGACGAGACCUUCAAAGGUAACGGCUCUUUGGAUGAGAGGUUCCCAGAGUACGGGAAGGUGGAGUUUGUCUUCUCAUAUGGCCCAGAGAAGAUCAAAGGCCUGAGUCACCUGGAGAACGGACCAAGCGUUUCUGUGGACUACAACACCCAGGACCCUCUGAUUCGCUGGGAUUCGUACGACAACUUCAGCCAGCGCUGUGAGGACACUGUGGAUGGAGAGCACGAUGUUGUUCAUACCCAAGGCCCACUUGAUGGAAGCCUAUAUGCCCGAGUCCGCAAGAAAGACUCCCUGGAGGGAGUUGUCACCAUCAAUGGCCUCCCAGUCCAUGAGAACCCCUUGACCAAUACCAAGAGCCCGUUGCAGCAGGCCAACCAUCCCCUCCAAACCACUGACCAGACACUUCCUGUGACAGGCCACGCCUCCCUCCCUGCCGUCGACCACACCCUCUCCGUGAGCAGCGACUCAGGCAACUCUACUGCAUCCAUCAAGACUGAUCGUACUGAUGAGCACAGCCAGUCUGUGCAGAGUGCUGUGAAUCACAACAACCCAACCGCGACCCACCCACCACUCAGCCCGCAGGAGAAGAGAGAGCUUGAUCAGCUUCUGAGCGGCCUUGAGGCACCAACUCAUCAACGGCAAGCCUACCUAUCCACAUCCACCAGUCCAGGGGGAGGAGUACGACACCUGGUCCCAGCGCAGGUGCACGUCAACGGGGGCCACUCCAGGCUAGUUGGUGCCCCUUCAACAGACGAGCGUGAGACAGAUAUUCUCGACGACGAGUUGCCUAAUAGCCAAGAGGGCAACAGUGUGGACAGCUUGGGCACGAUUUCUUCCCUAGAGGGCCAGGCGACACCAGCUGACCUCUACUACCAGUCACAGACACCUGUCAGCGGGCAGAACGACGGGCCAUACCUUGAGAGAGGUGUUCUUGGGGAAAAGUUGAGCGAAAUGCCUGUGCAUGGAGUACGAACCCCCACGGCGAUGCAAGAGAGAUCUGUGGACUCUGCAUCACCACAGGGGGGAUACAACAAUUACCAGAACGGAGGUGGGAUGUACCGCUCACAAUCCUUCGGGAACCCGCCAGCCAGCAGCCCUGAAAUCAAUCCAAAACUGAUGCCCAGGGCCCCUGAGAGGAGCACCAGUAGUCGAGAGGCCGUUCAAAGAGGUCUUAGCGCUUGGCACCAAUAUAGCCUCCCAGAUGAUCCAUUUGGCCCUCCUCUUCAGUCAACUCAUAGCUUGCCUCACUUCCCCACCCCAGCCUCGCAGCGGGACAUCGAGCAGUCCAUCGAGGCACUCAACAUGCUCAUGCUUGACCUGGAUCCCAUCAACUCCCACAUGUCGAAGUCCCACAGUGCACCCCCUGGGGAGAACAGCCUGAAUUCAUCACAGGUGCCCUUCUCCCAGACCCUUGCCAGACCCUCGUACCAAGCAGACUCUGCCAUCCACGGCUACAACAGCUCUGGGACAGUCAACAAUUCUUUUCAUCAGCCCCUACGAUCGACUGGGAGAGUGUCAGCGUUGCCCAGCCAGAGCCCAGUUAUGGAGUCUCCUGUGUAUUCUCCCCAGAGGCCCAAUGCAAGCUACCAACACCAAAACACCACCCCAACACACACCCCUGAGCCCUACCUCCACCCACGUCAAGCACCCCACCAUUACCCCACUGAUCCCACUUCUAAUUUCAACCAGCAGGCACCACUGAAGCCUGUGAACUCGUACCCAAGCGGCGGGGUUUCCCACUCCCCAGACCUGCAGGGUUCGUCUCCUUACCCAGGCUACAGUGCCUCCUCUUCUCCUCUCCCCGCUCUCACCCCCCAGCCCAAGGAUACUUCCUCUUCCUCCUUAGCCAGAGAACAAGAUGCAGAGGAGGAGACGCUAAAUUUGGAAGGCCUGGUGGCUCACCGCAUCGCUGAGUACAACGCUCGCAUUCGGGGCAUCAGUGAAAGCAUGACACCGCAACAAUCUGACCGCCAUCGCUCCUAUUCCUUCUCUGGAGUUCGCUCCAGAGGAAUGACCCCAGAGGUGACACAAGAGACAGGCCGGCGUCGGACCACCAGUGAGGGACAGUAUCAGAGCAGCCAUGAUAACACAUCAUCAGUUCAUUCACCAGACUUUGUCAGCAAUCUGGCCCACAACCCAGGAGGAAGACCCAGAGAGGGUCCAAUGCACAGCUACCUGGAGGCGUUUGAGGACGACAAGGCAGACGGGCUUGCCAACAGCCCCACCUUUGGAGGCGGUGGUGAGAAUUCUCCACAGACCCCCAGCUUCCCUGUGUCCCCACAGACUCCUUACUUCAACAUGUCUCGUUCUCCUCCGGGUUUGACCAAGACUCCUCUGUCAACGCUGGGACUGAAGCCACAUCAACAGGGUGGAUCAGAUAUUCACAGUUUUGGGGACUCCAGAGCACAACCUUUCAACGCUCCUCUCUCCUCCAGCAGUCCGAUUCACAGCGCUGAUGGACGGAGGAUUGGGUCUUCAGAUGGCAGCCCUCUCAGCUCUGCCCCCUCCCACCCCAACAGACCCAACUCCCCCGAGGGCUCCCAGGUCAACAUCAUGGGCGUCCACACCGUCCCCGGCAGCCCCAACACCCUCCACCGCACAGUGGCCACCAACACGCCACCGAGCCCCGCCCUCCAGAGACGCCUGGGUCAAGCCAGCCCCUCACUGGCCAGACACCCGCCUCCAGUCGGCGUCCCCUCCAGCCCUCUCAUUGGCCGAAGCCCUAAAACAGCAGCCGUUGGCGUGCCUCCCAGCCCCCUGAUGGGGCGCCGCACAGCAGCAAGUGGCCAAAGCACACCUGAUGAGCUGGGGGCUGCUUCCCGUCAGGGGAGCGCCCAGCCGCCAUCCACGCCUGCGUUUCCCGUCUCCCCACAGCUGCCGGAGAAAAGGCACAUGUCCAGUGGAGACGCAGAGAGGAUGGACAACAAUAACCUGACACCGACACCAGCCAGUGGUGGCAGCACACCAAAUCUGUCUGGGACUCACACACUCCCAGACAUCUCCAAGUCCAUAUAUGAUGGUUAUCCAGACAUUAAGAUGAAUGUCAAGUUUGUCCAGGACACCUCCAAGUUCUGGUACAAGCCAGACAUCUCCAGAGAGCAAGCCAUCAACCUGCUGAAGGACCGGGAGCCCGGGGCGUUCAUCAUAAGGGACAGCCAUUCCUUCCGCGGGGCCUACGGUUUGGCCAUGAAGGUGGCCUGUCCCCCGCCGACUGUCCAACAAAACAAGAAAGUUGGUGACAUGACUAACGAGCUGGUGAGGCACUUCCUGAUUGAGACGAGCCCUAAAGGCGUCCGUCUGAAGGGCUGCCCCAAUGAGCCCUACUUUGGUUGUCUUUCUGCUUUGGUGUACCAGCACUCGAUGACUCCACUGGCUCUGCCCUGUAAGCUGAUGAUCCCCACCAAAGACCCAAAUGAAGAGGCGUUGGAACUUGCCACACCAACUGAUCCAGUUGUUGAACUUCUGAAGCAGGGAGCAGUCCAGAAGGUUCCUGAGGAAGCCCACGCGUGCAACGUCCUCUACAUCAACUCCGUUGACAUGGAGUCUCUCACGGGGCCUCAGGCCAUUUCCAAGGCCAUCAGUCAGACGCUGGCGACCAACCCUCUGCCAGCUGCGACCACCGUCCACUUCAAGGUGUCCACACAGGGCAUCACGCUCACUGACAGUCAGAGGAAAAUUUUCUUCAGGCGACAUUAUCCCAUCAACACGGUAACCUACUGUGACAUCGAUCCCCAGGACAGAAAAUGGGGCAAAGAGGGAGGUGGCUCAGUGAAGCUUUUUGGAUUUGUCGCGAGGAAACAAGGAAGCACAACAGACAAUGUCAGCCACCUGUUUGCUGAGCUGGACAUAGAUCAGCCCGCCUCCGCCAUCGUCAGCUUUGUCUCCAAAAUGAUGAAACGGUGAAAGCCCCAACCUUUUAAUGGCAGUGGCCAUGUUGAAAUCUUCCGUCCUCGUCGGUGUCUUUUUCGCCAGGACUCGAUGAUGUCCUUUUUUUUUCCUGUUUCCUGUUGGUUUGUUUCUGUUGUUCCCUUCUCUCUUUUUUUUCUCUCUGCCUUGCUGGUUUGUCUUGACUUUGGUCUUUUUUGGAAGAGUCUGUUUGAAGGAUUUGGUGUGGAUCCAAAUUGGCGCUAGAGGACGUGUGGUGUGGAGCUGUGAACGUGACAAACAUGGAGGCCAUCAAAGGGAGAAAAUGUAUUCACAGGGUAACCUGUACUUGAGGAAAAUGCCAGCUAAAAACUAAAGGAACAAUGCUAAGUUUAGUCGGGGAACACGUGAGGACUCGUAUGUUUCAGGGUUUUCUGUUGUCGAUUUUGUUGAUUGAUUUACCAAAGGUAGUUGCAAUACAAGUGCAAGAAUGAUGUAGCUAUUAAGCCAUUAUUAUUUCCUCUUUUCAAAAGAUGAAGUGUUGAACAAAACAAAACAAAAAAAAGAAAAGAAAUACGGUUUCUUCUUGAACUCGUCUUCAGGAAAAAAGUUGGCCUUGAUGGCUUUUAGCAAAACAUUGUCUGAAGACCUUAUGCAUGUUAGCUUGAUCUUUAAGCUUGGUUCUUCUACCUUCCACAAAAUUCAUUGUGAAAUCCUUAGAGUGGUCUUUUCCAGGUCUGUUGUGUGUUGGAAAGGGCUCUGCAGUGAAACAACGACUGAUCUAAACUGCGCAUAGCAGACCAGACUCACAAAAACCGCCACGCUAAGGUCACCGCACUUUGUGUCAGUGCAGCCACACUUGCAUCACCUCAGCCUCUGGUCCAAGCCUGAUCGCUCUCUCACUCUCUAAACUCGCUUAUUGGAUUACUCUCGCCUGAAAUCAGCAAGCUCCUGAUGGCAUGGCAGAUAGAGAGAGGAAGACUGUUUGUCCACAAGAUGGCGCCACUCUUUAAGGCUUGGACCCUUCCCCAGGUGUCACAUAGACUUGCCCAUCACCAACUGCUUGCAGUAGUGGAUCUGUUGAUAGACGCUGCCACUGAAACACACUGGAAAUCACCAGGGACUGGCCCAAAGACCUGGACCUAUGCACUGUUCUUUAUGCAUGUUGUUGUCCCUAAAUGCACCCUCCCUCAUAGCUACAUUCAACAUCACUGAAAACAUUCUAUGCUGUGUGCUAAAAACGACUUAAAAACCUUUAGACAAGUACACCGAGGUUGUAUGACUUGUCACAGACUGCAUGAAAUAGACAACAUUUUUGUACUCUCCUCAGAGUCCUGAAAAGAAGUAGACAACCCAUUGUUGAAGUAGUCACAUGAUGGUGAGAUGCUAUAUUUUUAUUUUUUAUUUUUUUGGUUUUAAUUUCGGUCCAUUUGAGCCAGGGUUACCUUUCACUGUCCGGACAGUCCGGUCCUUGUUUUUCCACAGUGUUGUCAAAAUUUACAUUUAGAUAUGUUUUAGGGCAAAGUUUAAAAAAAAAAAAAAAGAAAAAACAGAACAACAACAACAACAACAAAAAAAGACACAAAAGAACACAAGGAG